UGACUGGGUCGUAGGUAAGCUUGUAGUCUGCAUUUAGCCAAGGUAUCUUAUUUCACCCCGCCUAACGUCGCCAACAUGAUAUCCUUUAUCUUGGUGCAUAUCAGCUUUGUUCAUUCCCAUUGAAAACUCGAAUUUCCAGAUACAAUGGCGACCGAUACCGUAGACGUUGCGAUAAAUUCGCUCCUUGCGGCAGGAGUGAAGUAUGUCUUUGGCGUUCCUGGUGCAAAGAUAGACUCCGUAUUCAACGCACUUGUCGAUCACAAGGAAAUACACCUCGUCGUAUGUCGACAUGAGCAAAAUGCGGCCUUCAUUGCGGGAGCAGUUGGAAAAAUCACCGGCCGUCCAGGAGUGUGUAUUGCGACAUCCGGCCCAGGGACUAGCAAUUUGGUUACUGGCCUGGUUACUGCGACUGACGAAGGCGCCCCAAUGGUUGCCAUUGUGGGUAGCGUCAAACGGUCACACAUGUUAAAGAAAACACAUCAAAGCUUACGAGCCGUUGAGCUCCUCACUCCGGUCACCAAGAAGGCAGCGGGAGUCACCGUGGAGAACCAAGUCGCUGAGAUCAUGCUCGAUGCGUUCCGUGUUGCUACUGCAUAUCCCCAAGGUGCAGCAGCAGUAAUUCUGCCUAUCGAUAUCAUGCUCACUGGAGUGAGCAAAACUACAAUCCCUGCAUUCCCAUCGAACGCCUUUCUGCCACCGGCAUACGGUCUAUCACCAGAGAGCACUCUUCAGGACGCAGUUUCUAGAAUCCAGGCAGCUAAGGCGCCGCUUCUAUUCCUAGGAAUGCGCUCAGUUGAGCCAGAUGUAGUUGAAGCGGUUCGCCGUUUCCUUGAGGUGCAUCCAAUGCCAGUUGUCGAAACAUUCCAAGCUGCUGGAGCUAUUUCCAAGGAGCUUGUACACCUUUUCUACGGCAGGGUUGGUCUAUUCCGCAAUCAACCUGGAGAUAAGCUUUUAUGUCAUUCGGACCUCAUUAUCACCAUCGGCUACGAUCAGGCAGAGUACGACGCGGAUGUUUGGAAUACUACCAACCACUUUGACAUCAUCCAUCUCGACUUUACUGCUGCAGACUGGGGCCACUACUACGCACCGAAACUGGAACUCAUCGGCUCACCAGCGCAGAAUCUGGAUAGUCUCCAGAGCAAACUUUCUAGCGUGGCAAAGUUACAAGAAAAAGACGAAGCCAAAGCUAUCCUAGCCGAACUUCAUACCUGGAAGUCGAGUCCGCAUGCCAGCCUUAAGCCUGGUUUGGUCCACCCUCUCUACUUUAUCCGGCUGCUCCAGCAGAUGAUGAUCGAGUCUACAACAGUAGCAUGCGAUAUUGGCAGUGUGUACAUUUGGAUGUGCCGAUACUUCUACUCUUACAAGCCAAAGACCUUCUUGGUUUCCAAUGUCCAACAGACAUUAGGUGUCGCUAUGCCCUGGGCAAUUGCAGCUUCUCUUUGCCAGUCACCACCGUGCUCCAGCAAGGUGAUUAGCAUCAGUGGCGACGGUGGCUUCAUGUACAGCUCUCAGGAGCUUGUCACGGCAGUACAGCAAGGCUGUAAUAUGACCCACUUCAUAUGGAAUGAUGGCAAAUACAACAUGGUCGAAUUUCAGGAAGUCAACAAAUAUGGGCGGAGCGCCGGAAUUGAGUUGGGUGGAAUGGAUUUUGUGAAGUUUGCGGAGGCAUCCGGAGCAAAAGGUUUCCGCGUUAGUGAUGCCUCGGAACUCGAGAGCGUUAUGAAAGAGGCGUUGGAGUACGAAGGUGUUUGUGUUGUGGACGUGAGUAUUGAUUACUCCCAUAACCUCGCGCUGAUGAAGCAAGUCAGCCUGGAUGAUAUUUCCUAAAUAUAUCUCUCAUAUUGGAGGCGCAAGAAGGCGUAGGUAUGAUUUUUAUAUAGCAGUCAAGUGACACUGGCAAGAUCAACUGGCGUGCAUCAAUAAUACAAAAGUUACUUCCUUGGCCCCGUCUCGAUUUUAUGACAGCACUUCGGUACGUUGCUCAGACACGGGACAUGUGUAAGCUACUAAUCUGCUUCUGGAGUCAAUCUCAACGUAUAUUCUGCUAAUACUGUUCCCAGACAAAGAGUGGCGAGAAACAUAUCAAAAGCACCAUACCUGAAGAGAGAAACUACUGUCUGCACGUCAUUCUUUUAUCAGUCGGCCUGCAUGUAGGUUCGAAAAUAUGAUAAUCUCAGAACGAGAACCUUAAAAGGAGUAUCUGGGAUGUGUGCAUACGGAGAAUAAGUUAAGCACCCUCAAUCAACUAAAAGACCCUGAACACGAAUGGGCUGAAAGAUCGUCGGCCAGCACUCUGUCUGUGCACGAUGGAACCCCGCGGGA